AACGAAGCGCUCGUGUUCAAAAAUGUUAAACUCUCUCUCUGAUGACAAGAGUGACCAAGAUGCUGGUACGAUUUAAAGCCAUCUUGUUUGCGAUCUUUUAAAUUUAUGUUAUUAUAUAUUCACUGACUUAAUGAACUGCUGUAUUGUGUUGUGUAUUGUGUUGAAGAAAGUGAGCUAUUGUUCUAUAUAGGCGCGCAACCAGCACUAUAUUUUAUUACAGAGAAAAGUGUAGAGUUCAAUGAGAUUGUGUUCCGUUUUGUCUAAGUGAAGUUUAUCCGAUAAAUCAUUUGAACAAACUAUGCAACGAUCCACAGAGAAAUGUUUUUGUUUUGUUAGUGCCCAAGUAUAAUACCACAGGAGUGCUUAUUAGAAAAUGUCGAAAACAAUUAAUAGUUUAAUUAAUUAGCAGUUCUAGUUUAUAAUUUAUUUUUUUUUGAUGUGCAAUAAACAUUUUUGGAUGCAACAUUCACGACCUCAUGUUCACUAGUAAUGUUUCUUUUAUUCCUACUUAUAUCAAACUGUAGAAAUGCCCAAAAAGCAGACAGAAAAGUUUUGUGUUAUUGAUUCUCAUUGUUGGCCAGUUCCUGGUCAUAGGAGGUAUACUGAAGCAUUUUGUUUUCAUGUAAGUAUUUAAAGCAAAACUAUAUGAUUUUUGUGAUUGAAAAAAAAUUAUAGAAAAGCCCAAUAAAUAAAUAUAUAUAUAUAUAUAUAUAUAUAUAUAUAUAUAUAUAUAUAUAUAUAUAUAUGAGAUCGUAAGAACUAUAUGAUUUUUGUGAUUGAAAAAAAAUUAUAGAAAAGCCCAAUAAAUAAAUAUAUAUAUAUAUAUAUAUAUAUAUAUAUAUAUAUAUAUAUAUAUAUAUGCACAACAGGAUUGUUCUAAAGUUCUACAGACGUGAAAGUUUUCAAACAUUAAGGAACCACUUCCUUAAGUACUUAAGUACCAUUAAGUACUUCAUCAAUGAAAGCCUUUACGGUGUGCAAGAAUGCGGUGUUGCCAACUAAAAGCCGCCUGCUUGUGUUUCAUGGAGUGCCGCAACGUCUUAAAACUUUUAACGGACUUACAGCGCUUUGGAACCCAUUAUAUAUAUAUAUAUACACACAUAUAAUACACAAAUGAUUGUACAGAUGUGUUACACACUUCAAUAAAGUUGACGCAAGUGAUACUUUGACAAAAACAAAUUUUAAUGCAAUGUUCCAUUGCAAUUAAACUUGUCAUGUUUUGCAAAUCAGUUUAACACAUUUCAAAUACUUCAUUAUUCUUUCAUGAUUUAAUUUGAGAACAACUGUUGUUGUUUUUUUAAUACAAUGUCAACAAGUCUGAACAUUAAAAUAUUGAUUUUAUUAUGGUUUGUCGUCGAGAAUCCUUUAAAUUUGGGAUUAAAUUUUAUAACAAAUACUUAAGCUUGUCUGUAAAGGUAUUUGAUCUGAUGUGCAGAGAAAGAUUAUCGUAUGGACAGACCGAUAUAUUUAUAUUACAUCUGUUUAGGUUAUUAUUAUUUUUAAUCCUGUAUACUAACUUUGCUUUUGUUCGUGUGUUUCUUUUUGUCUGGGUGUGUGGCAAAAUAUCCAGAUGACUAAUUGUCCCGCUUUCCGUCAAUGCAUCGAGCUGAGAAUAGGCUCGUUGUCGAUUACUACACACUAUUUCAAAUUAUCAGCCGCACCUCCCAACCCCAAAACACAAAAGUAAGUUUUUUCCUAUUCAAAGCGAAGAUGAAGCAAAUAUGAUGCCAAUGAUUUAAAUAAAAUUCCCGAUAAUAGCACUACGUGAGAUUCUUUUUAAAAAAACAACAAUAAAUGCUAACGCGUAUGAUGCAUAAUAUUUACUUUUGUUUUUAUAAAUCAGUUGUUAAAAUAAAUCUGCGGUGUAAAAAUGGGCGUGUCGUAAGAAAAUUAAUCUAGUUCAGGGGCGUGAAAAAAUGUGCGGUUGCGAACCUAUGGAGGGGUUGGGGGGGGGGGGGACUAUUUAAGAUUCAAAAUAAGUGCGUUACUUAAAUGCAUGUUUUGUCAAAGUUUUAGUACCAUCCCCCCCCCUCCUGCUCGAUAUUACAUUUUAUAAAGGAUUUCUACGAGACAUAUUGUUUUCAAGGGUUGUUUAAUAUCCGAAGAACUGUAUUUCUGAACAAAGGCUUAAGUAAAACGGUGACAACAUUAUGUAAUAAGUCACAAUUAUGGAGAUGUAAUGUUGAGUACGCUUAAGUAAUUUUGAUAACGAAAAAAUUCUUUGACAAGUUUGAUGUCAUGCAUGUCUUCCCACCCACAAACAAAAGCUAUGCCCCUCCUCCCCCCCCCCCCCCCCACAACCCUGCCAAUUUCUAUUCUUAAUAUUUGUACUUAUUUUCUGUGGGUUGAAGAUUGUCAGAAAUGUUCGAAUAAAGAAAUCGUUAUUUUAAAAUAAAACAGUUUGUAUUACAUGUUUAUUUGAUAUUUUCCUAUCUGUAGAUAUCGAUUACAACUUUGUUAAUAAUUUAGGAAUUAGCCCAGAUUUUGGGCACGACUCAAAUUUUUAAAGUAAGUAUUGCCAUUUAUAUACUUAAAAUACCCCUCGGUGUAAAAUUCAAUCAAACCCCAUAUCCAUGGUCGUCAUUUGGUUAGGGCAUUUGCAACCCCCCGCCCCCUUUUUCAUGAAUUUGAAAGUUUUAUUUAAAUUGCGAUAUACAGUGGCGCUUCCAGUAAUAAACACCUUAACAAGCAAACCAAGUUUUGGUUUUGCCCCACCCCUGCCCCCCUCCCACUUCAUAAAACCUUCAAUGUCAAUCCUGCCUAUAUCAUACAACCUGAUUGCUAAAUCAACCCGUUGACUCUAUAUCACUAUUCUAAUAAUUUUUUUAUUUAUUUUUUUAUCCUCCUGUAAACACAAGUGACACAUUCGAUACGACACGUGACAUGAAUAAAGGCAGAAAUGAUAAAUCCCUGUAUGUGCCCACUUCGAACACAACAGUAAGUAGAACAUAAUGAAUACAGACUGGCACAUCUUAGAGUAACCUCAUUUUGAUGCUCAAUGUACAUUUAAACUCUAAACGACGUAAAGAUCAAUGUAAUACUUUUUAAAAUAACUUUCAUACCAACAAGUUUUCUUUUUAACAACGCAAAAGCUCGCCAACAUUUAAAAUCGACAUUCAAAAUAUAAAAAAAUUGAAACUCAUGCAAAUAUCGUUCCGCUCGAUAUCAAACUUCUAAGUUCAGAAAGUUCUCAGGAGCAGAUUAUUUCUCAUGUUUGAAUGAAUUGCACAGGGGAUUAUGACUUAUCUUUACAUUACACACAUUUAUUGAUUAUUAUUUUACUAAACCCUAGUGUGUGGAUGUUUCUGGACAGUAACGGGUUGGGAUUACGUAGAAAACGAGGAAAUUUGUGUCAUUUAUUCACAAAUGCAAUCCUCUUGCAUAUUUAUUGCAAAUAGCCAGUCGUUAUGUUUACGGUGAGGACAUUUCACAGCGCUAUAACCGGCAAACAGAUACAGUGCUGUCGUGGCUUAUUUCAAAAAAAUAUUUGUAAAUUCACUACCUAUGGAAUUUUUUUUUUCAAAGUACAUAAAAGGAUUAUACAUAUAUACAAACAAAUAUAUAUAUAUAUUAUAUUUUUAAUCACAAUCACAAAUUCACUUAAUCUAGUCCCAUUCCAACAGUUUAUAGCUCACUAACCUCAAGACAUAUAAAAAUACUUUUAUUUACAAAUGGAAUCAUCUAUCUUCCUGCUUUGGUGCAAUGCCAAAGCUGUUUAAACGGAAUAUUGUAAGACGCCGCUGUAAUUCGAACCCUUUUUAAAAUCCGCGCGAUGUUUAUUUAUUUAUUUAGGCAUUUUUAUAUAGCGCUUAUCAUAAAGCUCUAAGCGCUUUACAAUUAUUAAAACAUGUAAACUAAGUAAAUACAAAUGAGACACUAGGAUAUUAACUACUAUUCUAUAGAAACAAUGGGGUCCCAUUGUCGACAAAAAUGACAAAUAUAACUCUAGUCAGGUGGUUCUACACUUUUUUCUACUCUUUCGCAGCAACGAGCAAGUACAUCAACAGUAGAAGAUGAUUGUCACUACAACCAAUCUGCCCCAUCCAUGCAAUUCAAGGCUGUCUAUUCUCUGUCUCAGCAGGUAAACUAAGCCUGUAUCAAGGAACAGUUGAGGUGAUCACACUUGACGCAUUUGCGUCUAUUGCCCCAGGCCUUCCAACCCCCUAACUGAGCAGCCCUUGCAACCAGUGAAAUCUCCUCUUCAAAUUAAGGUCCAGAAACAAUGCAAAUCCACUCUAUAUACGUAUGAGACAAAAUGAUCAAUACAUUGAUCGUGGGCCCGUAAUACAUAGAAGAAGAAAUAAUUUAGAAUUGUUUAAAGUUAAAGGAAUGCUCAGACAUAAAGUCUCAGUAAAAAAAAAAUUGCACAAUACCAUGUCCUCAUGAUUUUUGUUUUUUAAACUAAUCAGUAGCAUCAGAAAACACUGUCCCAUCACAUUUGCUCUUCUUUGAAUAUGCGAAUAGUUAAUCCAAUGAAUGAACACCUUUUCUUAACGUUUUCAAACACUCGUUUCAAACCACCAACUAAAAAACCCAUCUUUAAAAAAAUAAAAAAAUUAAAAGCAUAAAAUCUUAUUUAAAACGGAUUUAGUUACAUCACAAUUCGUUUGAUAGAUGUAUGAUCUGUAUCCUCUUUGUUAAAAAACUAUCUAAGGUGACCCCUCAUUUCUUACCAAAUUACAAAAACCCAUGUUGGAUGGACGGACCUGGGGAGCAGAGACUGAUGUGUGUUCCGUAUGUUUUCCUCAUAGGUAAACUGAUUGAACUCAUUCUAAGCUUGAAAUAGUUUAAAGAUUACACAAAACACGUAGCUUUAUGAAGACAUAGACUUUAUUUGUAUUAAUUUCUUUGGUAGUUCGAGUCCUAAAAAAAAAACCAAUUAUUUUCCAUCUCUUUAGUGUUUAAACAUUUGUGCGCAAACUCUUUGUUGACUAGACCAUGUCCAAAUAACAACAUGCAUAACGCAAACAUUUACCAACGAGUGUCCAGGUAAAAUGUCAUUAAAGCAAUCUUAUUUUUAGGCGUACCGAAAUGUGGGACCACAGAUUUAUACUCACGAAUUGUUGCCCACCCUAUGAUCGUGCCGCCCAGACUAAAAGAACCAAACUUCCUCUCCAGGGGCGUCUUCUGGACAAACAAGUGCAAACAAGGUGCCAUUUAUAACAGUGAGUGCUUUUAUAACAGCAGAGUUUUUGUACAGUAGAGUGGACGUUUCCCUAAGAUUAGAGUUUAUGGUUUCACUAAUAUUAGAGUUGAGGUUUACUUAAAAUUAGAGUUGAGUUUACUCUAACAUUAGAAUUGAGAUUUGUCUAACAUUAGAGUUUAGGGUUCUCUUAAAUUAGAGUUGAGGUUUCUCCAACAUUAAAAUUGAGGAUUCUCUAAAAUGAGAGUUGGGGUUUUUCUAAUAUCAGCGUUUAGAUUUUUCUAACAAAAAAGUUUAGUGUUGUUUUUAAAGAGAAGUUCUGGAUUUACUCUCUUGUUGUUGUGUCCUCUGAUGAAGGUUUUGUGCCGAACCGUCCUUUGGGUUUGUCUUUUGUCUUGUCUCGGGCUUUCGCAUACCAUGUCCUUUUCAUAUUUUACGUGACCUGAACCAAGACUACGUUGGGCAGGACAUGUUGAAAGGAUGCCGGAGUGUAGAGCUGCACAAGUUAGAUACAGGCAGAUAUACACCAGUUGGGGGUUCGCACAUGGUGGCUGAAAGCCAUGGAUCGCUCCGAAUGGAAGGUUGUGGUGGAGCAGGCCGGGCCCUACAUGGUCUGUAGCGCCACAGAUGAUGAUGUCGAACCGAGUCUCGAUUUCUCUACUAUAUUGUCCAUUUUUUUUUUUUCCAUUUAGACCAGCGGAUCUCAGCCCCUUUGUGGGAUUGAACGACCCUGACACAGGGGUCACCUAAGACCACCGGAAAACACAUAUUUAUCUAGUAGCAACGAAUUAUAGUAUGGUUGGGGGUCACCACGACAUGAGGAACUGUAUUACAGGGUAGCAGCAUUAGGAAUGCUAGGAACCACUGAUUUAGACUGUUUCUUCACAACUCCAGCGUCAUUAUGAUCCUGUCUGGGAAUGGGGGAUGGGGGUUUGUUUACUUAUUAAAAAUCAUUUAUACUUGUGUCGUCGACGAAUUGCUGCAUAGUUUUAAUCACAUAAUGAAAAUAUUUAACUACCUACACGAUAUCUAGAAUCUAGAUAGAUGUUGUUUUAAUUAAAUAUCCUACUAAAAUAUUCAAAUCAUCCGACGUAUCUGUGGGAUUGUUUCCCUUUGUGUUUACAUUUUUGUUUCCCUUUUAAAUCCUUUCUAUUAACUUUGCUUUUCUGUGUUUAUGGCAAAAUCUUCGGAAAGCUAACAGGCCCACUUCCCGUCAAGUUAUAGAGCUUAAACUUUCCUCAUUGACUCGUUGCCAAUGACAACACAUUCUUUCAAAUUUCCAGGCCCACCUUUAACCCCAACAUACAUCAAUGUUACCUGUUUUUUUAAGGGGAUGCUGAAGGAAAUAUGACUCCACUGAUUUUACGAAAUACAAUUCCCAAUAUCUGUUCUAACUGAGAUUCGUAAAACUUCGCAAGUGCGUUUGAUGAGUAAUAUUUUCUUUUGUUUUCCUGAAAUAGUUGGUGUAAUUAAUCUGCGGUGUGCAAGCGGUUGAGACUUUAGAAUAUUAAUGUAAAAUAAAAUAAUACAAAAUGUAAAAAAAAAGGAUAUUUUUCGAAAAUCUUUUCUUUUUUUUUCUUUUUUUUUUUCCGGGGGGGGGGGGGGGGGGGGUCUUUUAUUUUUUUUUUUUUUUUUUUUGGGGGGGGGGGGGGGGAGGGUCCAUUUCGAUUACAGUAUUUUAAAUAGCAGUAUGUGUAUUUUGUAUAAUCAGUGAAGCCUAUGUGUUAUAUUAUAUAAAGAAGAGGUUAUAUAUAAGUUAGUAUUCUUAUCCACCAUUUGUAUCUACAGUCACUGCAAGCUGUGUCAUCCAUCAAUUUGCAGAGCUGUACUUUCAAAGAGCCUCCGUAGACAUACGUAACAACUUCAAAUGGUCGGAAGAGAGCGACCGAGGUAAACCAAACAUUGGACUAAACUUUUAUUAUGUAUUAGAAAACAUUACCCCGGUUUUAUCGAGAUAAUAGUGGUAGGCAUUUUGCGAUAAUGUCUACCUGCCAUUAGGAAAACUCAUCACAAUUCCUUAUUUUCAAAAGGAGUUUCUAUUUAAUGACUUAUACGUUUCUAACAUCAUUAAAAGUUUAAGAAGCAUUUUUUCUGAUAUUUUUUUUAUAAGCAGACCCGUUCCAUUUUGUGAGGCCUUAAACUACAUUUUUUUCUUUUUAAACAUGACCUUAAAAUAACAAAUCUAAAUGAUCACUAAUUAAAUCAAUAUUUAAAAAAAAGGAGUUCAUUAACGAAUGAUUUAGAGAAAUACUUUAGAUGUCUUGUGUUUUUCAAAUUGUAAAAUGUUGGGCCUACCGUAAUAUUCCUGCCCCUAAACUAAUUAUAUUUUUUAGGAAAGUGGGGGGGGGGGGGGGGUUGGUAAAAAUUGUAAAAACUUAAUGUUACAUUUACAACAAAAACUCUACAUACCAUUUUAAAUAUAUUUUGUAUUAGCGGAAUUUGAUACACUGAUAUCUUUAUUAAAAUUGAACUAAACUUUUGCCUUUUUUCCUACUGUACUAUUGGAAAAUCAUAAAACAAAGAAUUAUUUGAUCUAAAGAAGAAACUCCUAAAAGUUUUUCAUGUCUGUAACAGCCUUGAGUGUCUUUUCUUUAACAAUGUUAUUAAUCUCAUAACCAGAUACACCAACUUAUAUAUAUUUUUUAAAUAAUUUUGAAAGAAAAUCUUGACACAUUUCUAUUUUUCAAAAUUAAAUUUUCACGUGUGUUAAAUUACUGGGUUUUGAUAUUCAUAGUUAUACUUUUGUAAAUUAUGUGCCCACGUAUUAUUAUCGCCAUUGAUUUAUUUUUUUUUAUUGGAAAGCAUGUGUUUAUUUGUAAACGAUUAAAAUUUGUAACAUCUCUUUUUCACAACUGCAAUUUCAUUAGAUUUAAAGAUCUCAUCCACGUAAAAAUGUACACAUAAUAUUUCCAACACCUGAUAUAUGUGUCCCUAAGAAGAUUACUUAUUUAUCAAAUUCAUUCCUUUAUUCUGAGGCGUAUCUUGUGCUACCUUGGGCAAAAUGAAAUUAUCGACCACACCCCUCCCAGAUUUUAAUAAAAAUUAAUAUAAUCACUCAUGGAAAUGUAGCCCUAAGUACAAAUACACACAUUUGUUUCACUUCAUAUGGUUUGUUAUUAUUUGGAUGAGUGAUAGUUGCACUAGUGAAUGCCAUUUGGCUAUAUUUAAAGGUUAAGUUUUGACUACUUUAUAGUUUAAAUUAAUAAAAGUAUCUUUGGAAUAACUUUUUAAAUGUUAAGCAUAAAAAGCUAAAUGUGUGUGUGUUUUAAUGAAACUUUAAAAAUCAAUCAAAUUUUUGAAUUAGAAUUUUAUUUUUCAAGAAAGGGAAAAUACAUUAUCAGCUUUUUUUUUCUUUCACGCGCGGUUAUUAAAUCAAAUAUACUUUAUAGUUGUAAAUUAAUAAAAGUAUUUUUGGAAUAACUUUUUAAAUGUUAAGCAUAAAAAGCUAAAUGUGUGUGUGUUUUAAUGAAACUUUAAAAAUCAAUCAAAUUUUUGAAUUAGAAUUUUAUUUUUCAAGAAAGGGAAAAUACAUUAUCAGCUUUUUUUUUCUUUCACGCGCGGUUAUUAAAUCAAAUAUACUUUAUAGUUGUAAAUUAAUAAAAGUAUUUUUGGAAUAACUUUUUAAAUGUUAAGCAUAAAAAGAUAAAUGUGUGUGUGUUUUAAUGAAACUUUAAAAAGCAAUCAAAUUUUUGAAUUAGAAUUUUAUUUUUCAAGAAAGGGAAAAUACAUUAUCAGCUUUUUUUUUCUUUCACGCGCGGUUAUUAAAUCAAAUAAAUUUAGAGCUUUGGCUAAAAUUGGAAAUAUGCGCUCAGACAUCAUUUGCGUUUUUUUUAGAACAAAUACAUUUUAAUUUUAUUUCUCAAUAUUAACAACGCACUAAAAUGAACAGACUCUUGGUCUUUCCAGAUAAAUAUAAUUGCGAUAAAAUUCUUAGAUUAUAAUUAUUUUCACAACUUUCAAACUCGGAUAAAAUGCUUAAAAUAGUUCCUUUAUUGAUAUUUUAAAUGUAUUUGUAAUUUAUAAUAUUAAUACUUAUAAUUUUUUUUUAAAAUAAAAGCGGAUAAUUUUGUUUUUCGCAUUUAAAUAGAAAAAUCCCUAUAAUUGUUUUUAAGAAGCCAGGACAUAGACAGAUGCUUUGCAGUCUUAAAGAGAAUACUCUCCGACUCCAAGGAGCAGUACACUCGUAAGCGUGGUCAACAGUGUGUCUAUGUUCUUCUUCAUGGUUUAGCUGGGACACAAAUAUCAGAUUCCAAAGCUUUAAUUUUCGUUUGAAAAGCAACAACAAUUGUCAUAGAAUUAUUUUAGCGCUAAUCAGAUAGUUUAAUAUUUGCACCAUCUAGAAUGGGUGAACAAAAGUAAUUUAUUUAUCGUUUUAUUUGAACUCGGUGCCAACACUUUUUGAAAACCCCAUUGACCUUCUCUGUAACUGGUACAGCGACAGUGAACUCUUCAUAUGAUGCUAUGGUCCUCUACUUUAAGGACAAGUUCAAGGAUGAAUGGAAGGUCAUCAAAGAGAACGCAACCCGCAAAAUUGAGAACCCAAUAAUAGCAUGUAGGUAGCAACUAAUUAUCGCAUUUAGGUAGCCACUAAUAACAGCAUGUAGGCGUAGCAAUUAAUGAUAGCAUCUAGGUAAGACAAUGAUAUCUCGUUAGUAGCAAACAAUGAUACCAAUAGCUUAGCAAAUUGAUAGUUUGUAUGUAGCAUUUAACAAUAGUAUUAGGUAGCAACUCAUAAUAGCAUUUAGGUAGCAACAUGAUAUCAAGUAGGUAACAUCUAGUUAUAGUAUAAAGUAGCAAUUAGUAAAAGUGUUAGAUACCACCCUAUAGUAGUAUUUAGGUAGCACCUACAAAUGGUAUCAAGGUUUCAAUUAUUAUAGCAUGCUUGCACAUUCGUUUAGAUUUCUUAUCAAAUGAUAUAAUUUGUUAGAAAAAUAAACGUUUUUCAAAUAAUCAAAUUUAUUCAUUAAUCUAAAAAUUUCUAAAAAUAAAAUCAGUUGUCAGCAAAUGGCCUUGAAAAAAAUAAAAGAAAACAGGGCCCCCCUCCCCUGCCCCCCCCCCCAACUCCCCGAAACCACCAAUAAAGAAAACGUGUAGAAUAAUGCUGAACUGCAUUCGGAAUGAAAAUUAAUGACGUAACUGUUAGCAAACCGUUAAUUACAAUACUGCUGUGUGAUCAAUGAGGCUCUAUACAUUUGUUCCCAAUUGUCCAGAGCAAAUAUCCUUAACAAAUCCACAGAAGCAGUUGGGAUACCGCGCUAUAUUAAACCACUAAUGAUAAUAAUGAGACUUCUUAUGUGUACCCAUGGAUUAUAUAUAUAUAUAUAUAUAUAUAUAUACAUAUAUAUAUAUUUAAUAUAUCAAAAGUGGACAGCAGUGCGUCAUAUUCAUGGGACAAUAACUACUGGGAGCUGGUCGCCGAGAACACCGGUUGUACUGAACCCGCAUAUUUAACCUCUGACCUUCUGGCUAAAGUUAAUCCCAAGGCGAAGAUUAUGAUGCUAAUGAGAGAACCCGUGUCAAGGUUGGUUCCGGCUGGUGAUAGCUUAAAGUUAUUUUGCCCAUGCCCAUUUGGUUAUCGGCCAUUUGGAUAUUUGCAAUUUAGUUAUUAGCCAUUUGGUUAUUUGCCAUUUGGUUUUUUGCCAUUUGGUUAUUUGCCAUUUUGGUUAUUUGCUAUUUGGUUAUGAGCCAUUUUGAUUUUUGCCAUUUGUUUACUACUCAUUUUGGUUAUUUGCCAUUUGGUUAUUUGCCAUUUGGUUAUUAGCCAUUUGGUUAUUUGCCAUUUGGUUAUUUUUUAUUUAGUUAUUAGCCGUUUGGUUAAUUGCAAUUUGAUUAUUUGACAUUUGGUUAUAUGACAUUUUGUUUAUUUGAAUUUGAUUAUUAGCCAUUUUUGGUUAUGAGCCAUUUGUUUUUUUUUUGUCAUUUGGUAAUUUGACAUUUCGUUAUUGGCUAUUUGGUUAUUAACCAUUUGGUUAUUUGCAAUUUGGUUGUAUACCAUUUGGCUAUUGACAAUUUGGUUAUUGACAAUUCGGUCAUUAGCCAUUUGGUUAUUUGCAAUUCCGUUAUUUGCUAUUUGUUUUUUUGCCGUUUCGUUGUUUUCCAAUUGGUUAUUCUCCUUUUUGUUUCUAGCCAUUUGGUUACUUGCCAUUGUAUUAUUACCCAUUUGGCUAUUAGCCAUUUGGUUACUUCACAUUUGUUUUUUUUUUCCAUCUGGUUAUUGGCUAUUUUUCGUAAAAUAACAUUAAGUUGUAACACUUUAUAUCGUUUUGUUCACCACAAGAAGAAAUAAAUGAAGGGACUGCUUUCAAGCUAUGUAAAUGAAUGAAAUAGUGAAACGAGGUAUGUGGAAGCUUGAAAUAAGGUAACAGGACAAAAAACAAGGACGUUUAUGCCGAAACGUCCUUGUUUUUUGUCACCUUAUUUCAAGCUUCCACAUACCUCGUUUCACUAUUCCAUUCAUUGUUCACCACAGCAGCACACGCUCAAAACGUUUUCUUUUAAAACAGGGCGUUCUCUGACUACUUGUACUUUCAAAGGCGUAUGAACAAGGAACAAAGCCUGGACCAGUUUCACAACUGGACAGUCAACUUCAUUACAAAGUUUGAAAGCUGCAGGCGGCACAAUUCUCUUCGGUACUGCACCUAUGUUGAUGUGCGCUUUCGAACAGGGGUCUUCGUAAGUCAAGGGUUAAUAAUAUUAUUUUUAAUUUAGCUUACUGAAUUUUUUUAUACUGCGUUUUUUUUUUCAAUCCAAAUCCAAGUCCAUUUAAAAGUCUGAGUAAAUCCUUGUUUGUCUAGCGAUGUACUAUACUUAUGGCUUUACUAGUGAAGAUAUUUGACAUGCGCAGAAAGUACGCAAUGAUAUAUUAUCUUGAAACUAAUGCAGUGCUGCUCAACAUUCUCUGCCAAGCAAAGACAGCUAUAAAAAGGGGCUGAAAUUUAGCAAUGUAAGACAAUCCUUUCAAUUUUGUAUUACCAAUCCCUUUCCAUAUGUGUGUUGACUUAAUAAAAAAUAUAUCAAUGAUCACAGCAUUUAUCUACGCAACUGGUAAACAAAACCAAGAAAUGGUUUGGAUUCUAAUUAUUGGGAAUUUUUAUUAUAACUUUCACAAAUUAAGCUUAACCUUAUCUUCACAAUCGCAUUUGACGAAAACCCUAUUAUGAAACUACUUUCCGUUAUUCCUCCCUUUAAAGUAAGUUGGUAUAAAAUGAGGCCUUGGGGAUUCUUACCAACCCCAAAAAAAAUUUUAAUAAAGUUUAUUUGGCAUAACACGCAUCGUUGUUCUCCGAUCAACAAUUAUAACCUUUAGCACACAUGUUUGUUGUUUACGCCAUUGUAACCAUAAGUUCAGCGACAACUGUGGGCACCUGUUGGCUUGCAAUAUUUCUUAACUACCUGCUGCAAAAAAAACAAAAAACAGCUGGAUUGGACCCUCAGCAAUGAAAAUGCGUUAUAAAUAUAAUUAAAAUAGAAUACUUUCUUAAAGUUUGAUGUUGAUUUAAAGCCGGGGUGUUCAUCUGCCGCAGGACAGAGCUCGCCUUGAGCUUGGACUCUAUCACGUGCACAUCACCGAGUGGUUCAAGAGAUUUCCGAGAGACCAGUUCUUAUUUCUUCGCUCCGAGACCUACAGUUCUGAUCCUGUUUCAACCCUGAGGCGCGUCUACGAUUUCCUUGGUGUGGGUAGGUUGCUUAAGUCAUUGUCUCUUAUCGUUCCGUAUAGAGAUGUAUUGGGGUCAAGGUAACAUUCCUGGGUAGUGGGUAAGUUGCUUGUGUAUCUUCCUGUUAUCGUUCUGUAUAGAGAUGUUGAGUUGCCAAGAUAAUAUUUUUAAGUGUGGUUAAGUUGUUUUUUAACUCCAUUUCCUCCGUUGGAAAUUUUUUUAUACAUUAACUUGAGGGUUAUUACACAAGUUCCAGGGGCAGAGAUUACGGUACUGAUGUCUAUUUUAUAAUUUGAAAUGAAUGUCCUGAAAGAAUGUCGUUUUUGUAUGGUCUUAUCACCCCAGCUCAGCUGAGCCAAGAAGCCAUGGACGCUAUCACAAACACCACCAGGAUCAACCAGACGAGCAGGAAGAAAGAUCUUGGCAACAUGUGGCCGGAAACCAAGACUUUACUGACCAAAUUCUACUCUGAACAUAUUCAAAAACUGUCCCAACUUCUCGGUGACGACAGUUUCACAUGGCGAGACAUCUUAGACCAUAACCAAUCUAAUUGAUUUUAUACAUUUGAUUUAGAAAACUAUAUACAAAUCCUAAAAGCAUUUAAAUUUGUAUUUCAUAUUUACAUCUAAGCAUAAUAUUUAGAGCUAUAGUCUGCGUGAUAACUAGCGUUGUUGUUGUUUUCUGUUAUGUAUUACUAUAAAAUGGAGUUCAAACAGCCACAUAAGGACAUACUGUGGUAAAUUUAACAAUGAUUUAUUCAGAGCCAGAGAAGUCUCCCAUGAUUCCCCAUUUAAAUAUUUUCAAACAGUUUAAAUCUGUAAGAAGUGUGAUAGCGGGUCGAAGACCUUGUCCAAAACUAUGUUCUUACAUGAAAUGAUUCUGUCCAAGAAAUGUAUCUGUAACACCUCAAAUAUUAACAUAAUGAAUUGUUUUGUAUUAUGGAUUGUUUUUGCAAUUUAUGAUUAACAGGAAGUUAAAAUAAUAAUAAGAAGAAUAAUAAUAAAGUUCAUUUCAAAAACACGCUUCAUCCCCAAAGGCUCGAAGCGCGGUACAAAGUCAACAAAAAACAUAUCUAUAAUUUACCACAUUUAAAACAAACGCAACACUACAAAAACUAAUUACAAGCAUACAAUCUCAAAGUCCUUCUAGCCAUUUCAACCCGGAGCAACACAGCCAUUAUUCAUUAACUGGAAAAUUAGGCAGACAAUCAUCCCAGAAGGUAUUUGCGAAUAUAUGAAUGUGUCAUGCUCAGAAGUAUGAGUAGACAGGAAGAGAGACGAUUCAAUUAAGGAAGGGCUCUGGCCGUGUUUAAUGUAUAUCUCAUAGCAUCGUGAUAGUUAUAUAACAAAUUUGAGUGAAUUGUGUAUAUGAAGUAACAAGGCAAUGACAAUUAUGUUUCCGCCAGCUAAAGAGAUUUAUUUUAUACAAUGUGAAAUCAAUAAUAAAAAAUUGUGAUG